UCAUGCUGCUGCCAGGUCCAGAGUCUCUCAUGGGUCCCUGUACGGCCUCCCAUUGCUGCUGUCUCCAUCGCCACACUCUGCCAUGUGCCACUUUCAGGUCUCCUCACACUGCUGGUGUGUUCCAUUUUUUGUCAUAGGGUGCUGGCAGAUUACGGGCCUCCCAUAGCUGCUGCCAGGCCCCUAAUCUGCCAUGGGCCCCUAUACCGCCUCCUCAUGCUGCUGCCAGGUCCAGAGUCUCUCAUGGGUCCCUGUACGGCCUCCCAUUGCUGCUGUCUCCAUCGCCACACUCUGCCAUGUGCCACUUUCA